AUGGACCAUUCUUGUCCAGAACAACGGCGGAAGUUCGAAGAUCGCUAUCGGGACAGCAGCGUGGCUUCUCUUCAACCCGGAGAGCUGCACUGUCUCUUGACCAAGAUUCACCAGAUGAACUAUGAUUCUCCCUCCUACACACUGGCGCAUUUCAUCCGGCCUCAUAUGCUCCCGGCGUAUUUCGCCACCCGCGCCUUCAACAUCGAACUGGCACGGAUUCCGGACGUCGUGUCCAUGUCGCAGAUAGGUGCCAUGAGGAUGCAGUUCUGGCGGGACACGAUCGACAAGACGUUCAAACUCGCGCCUCCAUCUGAACCCGUGGCCAUUCUCCUCGCCUCGUACCUGUAUCAAAAUCAAGGCAUGAAGCUGAACAAGACUUGGUUUCAGCGCAUCAUCACCGCCCGAGACCGCAAGUUGACCCAUCCUGGGUUCACCAAUGUGGCCGAGCUGGAGUCUUAUGCCGAAUCGACAUAUUCCGCCCUUCUGUACCUCACCCUCUCCGCAUUUCCUCUGCAAUCCCUCACGAUGGAUCACCUGGCUUCUCAUGUCGGGAAGGCGGCAGGUAUCGUAGCUGUGCUCCGUGGAGUUCCAUUACUCGCGUUCCCGCUCCCACCCAACCAACACUCUAAUAAUCCUGCUGGGAAGGGCCUGCCCGCGACGCGGGAAAAGCAAGGGGUGAUUACGCUACCUCUGGAUGUGAUGUCCCAAUGUGGUGUGCAAGAGGAAGACGUGUUUCGAAAUGGACCGAGCGCGGUGGGCCUUCGUGAUGCGGUCUUUGCUGUCGCCACUCGGGCCUCUGACCACCUCAUCACAGCGAGGACGAUGCUGAAGAACAUUCAAGACAACCAAGAUCCCGGACAUGAGUACGAGCACAUGAAUGAUGAAGGCCAUGAAUACAGCAAAACAUCUGCCGAGAAGGGGAACGAUGAACUCGACAAAGGCUUCGGCAUAGUGAUGGGCCCGGCGGUCAGCACGCAGCUCUGGCUCAACCGGCUGCAGAAAGUCGACUUCGACAUCUUCGACGAAAGUCUUCGGAGAGUCGAUUGGAAGUUGCCCUUUGCAGCAUGGUUGCACAACAAGAGGAGGCAGCUGUGA